AUGGACCUGAGCGCGGCCGCCGCGCUGUGCCUCUGGCUGCUGAGCGCCUGCCGGCCCCGCGACGGGCUCGAAGCGGCCGCCGUGCUGCGAGCGGCGGGGGCAGGGCGGGCCGCGGGUCCGGGGGGCGGCGGCGGCGGCGGCGGGCGGGCCCUCGCCCCGGCGGCGGGCGUCUCCGCUGCCCCGGCCGCCGCGGCUCCCGGAGCCCGCGCUGCGCGGAGGGCCGCCGGCCCCGGCUUCAGGAACGGCUCGGUGGUGCCCCACCAGUUCAUGAUGUCGCUUUACCGGAGCCUGGCCGGGAGGGCUCCGGCCGGCGGGGCCGCCGCCUCCACCUCGGGCUCUGGCCGCCGCGGCCGCGCGGACACCAUCACCGGCUUCGCAGACCAGGCGAACCAAGACGACUCGCCCGCCGAGACCGGCCAGAGCUUCCUGUUCGACGUGUCCAGCCUCCCCGACGCCGACGAGGUGGUGGGAGCCGAGCUGCGCGUGCUGCGCCACGAGUCGCCCGGGCCGGGUGCCGGCCGCGCCGCCGCGCCGCCGCUGCUGCUGCUGUCCACCUGCCCCCGCGCCGCCCGGGCGCCGCGCCUGCUGCACUCGCGGGCCGCCCAGCCCCUGGCCCGCGCGCGCUGGGAGGUGUUCGACGUGGCCGACGCCGUGCGCCGCCACCGCCGGGAGCCGCGCGCCGCCCGCGCCUUCUGCCUGCGGCUGCGCUCGGUGGCCGGGCCGUCGCGGGAGCCGCUGGCGCUGCGGGGGCUGGGCUUCGGCUCGCGGGGCGCGCGCGGCGCGGCGGCCGAGGAGCGCGCUCUGCUCGUCGUGUCCUCCCGCGCGCACAGGAAGGGGAGCCUGUUCCGGGAGGUCCGCGCGCUCGGGGCCGCGCUGGCCGCGGAGCCGCCGCCCGACCCGGGACCCGGCCCCGGGUCGCCCGCGGCGGUCCCCGGGGGUCGCAGGCGGCGGCGGACGGCGCUGGCCGGGGCGCGGCCGGCGCAGGGCGGCGGCGGCGGCGGCGGCGGGGGCGGGGGCGCGGGCCGGGGCCACGGGCGCAGGGGCCGGAGCCGCUGCAGCCGCAGGCCUCUGCACGUGGACUUCAAGGAGCUGGGCUGGGACGACUGGAUCAUCGCGCCGCUGGACUACGAGGCGUACCACUGCGAGGGCGUCUGCGACUUCCCGCUGCGCUCGCACCUGGAGCCCACGAACCACGCCAUCAUCCAGACGCUGCUCAACUCCAUGGCGCCCGACGCGGCGCCGGCCUCCUGCUGCGUGCCCGCGCGCCUCAGCCCCAUCAGCAUCCUCUACAUCGACGCGGCCAACAACGUGGUCUACAAGCAGUACGAGGACAUGGUGGUGGAGGCCUGCGGCUGCAGGUAG